CCUCUUCUUGUUUUUCCGGAAAACAUAUUUAAGAAGUCAACAUUUCGAGAUUUUAUAUUGAAAUCAUUGCCAAAACCCAUGUUUUUUUGGUAUGAUUAAUCAACAAUGGGGAGAAGGAUCAGCUCCUCUUCCUCCUCUGCUCUCCUCCUCUUCCUCCUUAUCUUCAGCUGGCCUGCCUGCUCCGUCUCCAGUGGGGCGGAUACCUUAUCCCCUGAUCGACCUAUGCUCGAUGACGGAGUAACCGCCUUGGUCUCCUCCGGCGGCAGCUUCCGGCUGGGAUUCUUCAGCCCCAACGGUGCCACCAACCGCUACGUCGGCAUAUGGUACAACAACAUCUCCAUCCAAACCGUCGUGUGGGUCGCCAACCGUCGGAAGCCAAUCACCGCCCGCUCUGGCAACCUCUCUUUGACUAGAAACGGCACGCUUAUCCUCACCGGCGAAGACACCACCACCCUCAGCUGGUCUUCCGAGUCGCCGGCCUCGGCCCUCAGGAAUCCAGUCGCACGGCUCCUCGACGAUGGCAACUUGGUCGUCCAAGAGGUUGACAGCAACGGCAACGACCCUAACAGCUUCGCAUGGCAGAGCUUCGACUUACCGACGGACACUCAAUUGCCGGGCAUGCCGUUGGGGCAAAAGCAACUCCGCACAGGGGCCAUCCUCAACAUCAACCUCACGGCCUGGAUGAGCUCCACGGACCCCGCUCCAGGCCCAUAUGCCUUCGGAUUAGACGUGCGAGGCGACCCCCAAAUAUUCAUCUGGUCAGAUACACGACCCUACUGGCGCGGAGGCCCGUGGAACGGCCGCUGGUUCAGUGGCGUCCCAGAGGUGAAGGACGGCACCGACGGAGUCAUCAAUUUCAACGUGGAAAAUGAUCAAAUCAACUACUUGCCAAUCCACCAGUCUUCGACCAUCGUGAGGUGGACCAUGGCCUCCUCCGGCCAGCUACAACUCCUCGUGUGGAUCGAGGCUGAACAGCGCUGGAGUCUCAGUUGGUACAUACCCAAAGACCACUGCGAUCACAUGUCCCCGUGCGGCCCCAACAGUUAUUGCAGCUCCAACAUCUCGCCGCCGUGCACAUGUUUGCCGGCGUUUCAUCCAAGGAACCAACGUAAUUGGGAUAUGUUGGAUGGGUCGGACGGGUGCAUGAGGAGGACGCCUCUGGACUGCCUUAACAACACCGAUGGAUUCUUCACACAGAGUGGCACCAAGUUGCCCGACACCUCCAGAUCGACAGUCCAUGCAAACUUGAACUUGGAGGAGUGCAAGGCUUUGUGCUGGGGCAACUGCUCGUGCACAGCGUACGCUGCACUGGACGUAACUACUGGGAGUGGCUGCAUCAUCUGGACAGAGGAUCUCACUGAUCUCACAGUCUACCAGAGUGGGCUAGGGCAAGAUCUUUACGUCAGGUUGGCAGCAGCAGAUUUAGUAUUAGCAUCCGAAGCUUUGCACCAUCAUUCUAACCGAAAUAUCAUAAUGACUGUGGUUCUUCCUCUGGCAAUCCUGUUCCUUGCUUGUGUUGCUUACUCGAUUUGGUGGUGGAAGAAGAGAACUUCUCAACUUCACUAUGAAGCAGAAGAAAAGGACAUGGACUUGCCAUUGUUUGACUUGAAUACAAUUAAAGAUGCCACCGAUGACUUCUCAGUAGACAACAAGCUUGGUGAAGGAGGCUUUGGCCCUGUAUACAAGGGUAAAUUAGGUGAGGAUCAAGAGAUAGCGGUGAAAAGAGUAUCCAAGACCUCGACACAGGGAGUCGAUGAGUUCAAAAAUGAGAUCACAUUGAUCGCGAAACUGCAACAUCGAAAUCUCGUUAAGCUUCUUGGCUGUUGCAUCCAAGGAGGGGAAAGACUCUUGAUCUACGAAUACAUGUCCAAUGGAAGCUUGGACACCUUCCUAUUUGAUGAAGUUCAAACUGUAUUACUGGAUUGGAGAGCAAGAUACAAGAUCAUUCUCGGCGUCGCUCGAGGUCUACUUUAUCUUCACCACGAUUCAAGAUUAAGAAUCAUUCAUAGGGAUCUUAAAGCUAGUAAUAUUCUGCUCGACAAUGAUAUGAAUCCCAAAAUAUCUGAUUUUGGCAUGGCUAGGAUAUUUGGAGGAGAUGAAUCCGAAUCAACUACUAAGAGAGUCGUUGGAACCUAUGGUUACAUGUCUCCUGAAUAUGUCAUGGAUGGUAUUUUUUCAAUAAAAUCCGAUGUAUUCAGUUUUGGAGUACUCGUACUCGAGAUAAUAAGUGGUAAAAAGAAUAGAGAUGCUGGACAAUCGAUGUCACAAUUGAAUCUUCUAGGAAAUAUGUGGAUAAUGUGGAAAGAAGGCAAAUGCUUAGAUUUAGUUGAUACAAAAUUUAGUCACUCCUUUUCCGAAAAUGAAGUGCUAAGGUGUGUAAAAGUUGGGCUUUUAUGUGUUCAAGAGCAACCAGGAGAUAGACCAACGAUGUCUUCGGUGUUAGCAAUAUUGGUGAGUACUGAUAAUAUUUCUCUUCUACCAGAACCUAAACAGCCAGGUUUCUUUUCAACAAGAUUAUCAUCUGUAAACUCAGACUAUAGCAAUACAGAAUCACUCUCCAUGAAUCAAGCAUCAAUCACUGCAAUAGUUGGUCGAUAGGAAUUAAGUGAUUUGUUUACGGAGGGCUAAUUCUUCUAUGAGUGUUGUAAUAAAACUUGGUGCUUGAAGAAUUAUAAUUUGAUGUUUGAAUUGUCUCAUCGAGUUGUUAAACUAGUAGAGAUUGUUUAAGUAGACUUAAUGUG